AUGCUCGACAAAACAGCUCCGAGUCCAUCGUCAGCCGGCCCACCCAGCGCUCAGAAUGCCCGGAAGUUGCGGGAUAGCUGCACCGAGUGCGCGAGCUCCAAGGUCAAGUGCGGCAAGGAGAAACCCACAUGCUCACGGUGUGUUCGUCGGGGGGCCAAGUGCACCUACAUGGCGUCAAGAAGGACAGGACGAACCUCGUCCAACGCGUCCAAAAUUGCGGCCGAAAACAAUCCGAACGGCGCUACCAUCGAAGUCAACGGCGGCACAGGCUCGGCCCGGAAUGAAAGGACUGAACCAUCGAGGCCAGUACUGCGCGUGGGAACGCCCUUGAAUACACAGUCCACGACGAUGACAACGACGACAACAAACACCUCCGCCGCCGGGGACCAGCAGACCCGCCACAGCACCCCAGGCCCCGGGCCCGAAUUGGAUGCUAUCGACCCCGAGCUGUGGAGUUCCAUCAUGUCGCCCAGCGGCUUGAUCACGUGUGACCCGGCCAGCCUCUCACCCCCCUUGACAAGCAUCGGCACCGAUGUCGGGAGUCUGUUCGACUUGGACUUUCAUUCCCCCAUGGUUAUCGAUUACCCGGUGGCAGACCAGGCAGGCGACGGUGAAGGCCGGCCGGUAUCGGAUCUAACCAGCAGGAUCAACGCCUCGGUCACCGAUCGCGAUGUCUUUGCCUCUCACCAUCUGACGUCCGAGUUCGACUGGUCCGUGGUUCAGAAACCACAGUGUUGCUUCUCCAUCGCCAUCGACAUCCUCAGCCGCCUGUUUCCGCCGGCACCAGCUGGGUGCAAGCAUCCACCAGCGAGCCAGGUUGACACACCCAAGGCACGCACCAUCGAAUCGGUCAUCUCGGAGAACAAGCAAACCAUAGAGUCCCUCACCAGGCUCCUGGAUUGUGAUUGCUCGACAGACCAGUACCUCAUAUCGCUCAUGACGCUCAUUGCGCUCAAGGUCAUGGGUUGGUAUGCUGCUGCGGCCGACGACGCUGCUUCGGCGCACCCUGCCGCCUUUGAGUGGCCGGGCUCCCAAUCUUCGUCCCGCUCCAGAUCAUCUGUCUCGUCGGGCUCUGUGGCUUCGGGCUCCCUCGGUGAGCAGGUGUUGCGGCUACCUACCAUUGUCGGCAACUACUGCGUCGCUGGCCAGCAUCAGGAUCGCAUGGCAGCUCAGCUCGUCCUGAGCGAGCUCCACCGAGUGCAGAAAAUUGUGAACGGACUGUCAUCGCGGUUAGAAAGCAUCCGCCUGCGUGCAGCUCAGGACGGCGGUUCCGGGGCUAGCUCUGGGUCGAGCAGUGUGGGCGAUGUAAGCGAGCAGCCACUAGGCGGUGCUCGUGCCGGGCCCCUCUCCGUUCCAACCUUCACCCAGCUUGAGGAUGACCUGAGAAAGCGAUUCCGGGUGUUGUCGUCGGAAACGAUCAAUGUCCUUCGUCGCGCCUAG